ACACAUUUUUCUAAUGCAGACGGGGUCCAGUGAAUAUAUUUUAAGAGAAACAUAAAAUGCGGUUCUCUGCAAAUAUAUUUAUAAAAGAAUAAUAUUUGCCUCAUCAGGAGGCAGCAGCUUUCUGACUUUCCGGGACUGGAAACUAAUCAGGUUGAUCUGGUUAAUAUUGGAGGAAUAUCUCUACCAAUUUAUCGAUUUCUCUCGGAAUGUCUAUAGGACUUAUGGAACUGUCUGCUUCAGCUGCAAAUUUCUAGAUGAUAACCAGAUGGCAGCAAAAAGAGGUUUUUGGCUGAGAUUUAAUGGACCCCUUGGAUGUUUAUCCUGUCUAGAGUAUUAAGUCAAAAGCAUCCCAGAAAAUGACCCUGACAAUCACCUCGGGAUCUAAAAGGAGAGACUUUUAAUAUGCAAUGAAAGAAUAAAAAAUGAAGUCAAAGUAUUAUCAAAUACCUAAACACGACCAUUAAAUGUAAAAGUAUAAAACAGGCUGACUGUUCACAAUAGCAUUAAUAAGUAACAACUAAUGACACAACGCUGUAAAAUAGAUUAAUUGAGAGAAGCAAAUGGAGGCCGGUUUUCUGAUCCUCCCAGUCUACAGGGGUCGCUAUUGCGAACUCUUAGUCUUUCAACUGCCAUUCUUGUUCUUGCCAAUGAAGUAGAAAUGCGGCGAUUGGUGGCUAGCCUAGUGAUUCUACAAUAGAACGUCUUUUGAAGCCUCCAGGGAGCGGUUUUAUUGGUGAAUGAGUCAGACGUUGUGCGCAGGCGCGGAAAGAGUUGGCCGUGGGCGCUCGAAAGCAACUUGGCGGCUGGAGUGAGAGGAGCGCCGGCGAGGAGAGGCGGAUAUAUAAACUCUGCACCUUUCCAAAAUGGAGAAACCUUCGGUCAGUUUGUGGGUGAAAAUGGAGCCUUUCAUAGUGGGAGCAUUGCAAAUCCCUCCUCCUUCCAAGUUUAGCAUGCAUUACCUUCGGAAAAUGUCAACCUAUGUCAGAAUGCGCUCUGGUAAAGGCUAUUAUCCAUAUCUUACCUGGUCUAUGUGGCGACACAUUGCUUGUGGAAAACUACAACUAGAGAAAGAGUUGGCAUGGCUUUACUUUGAGUUGUUUGACAGUCUUGUUGAGCAGACUUCGGAGGAGCGACUGGAAUGGGCAGAAGUGAUAUCUGGCUGCACAACUGAGGAAGAGACAGAGAAGCAAAGGAAUCGGUUAUCCGUGGAUACUCUUCAGUUUCUGCUGUUCCUUUAUAUUCAGCAAUUAAACAAGGUUUCUUUGAGGACAUCUCUUCUUGGAGAUGAGUGGCCCAAUUCUAAAUCUAAGUCUCACAGUGGACUAAAAGAAUCUGCCAAUCAGAUUAAGAAUUGGAAUGACAACUACCACCAUGACUUUGUUGAAAACCAUCUCCAAGAUCUUCUGGAAUUGUUACUGGACCCAGAUCAGCUCAGUGCCUCCUCUCAUUCUAUGCACAGCAGCCUGCUAUCACCCAAAGCUGUUCAAGCUCUUAGUUUCCUUAUUGAAGGAAGUGUGGAUCAAAAUAGGACUGUCCACCCUCUUCAUGAACUUGCACUUUGGCAGCCAUUACAUGCCAAGAGUGGCUUCUCGAAACUUUCCAAAGCCUUCUCCUGUGCCAAAUUUGAAUCAUGGCUGAGGGCUUGUUUGACUGGGAACCCAUUUGGGGCAACAGCCUGCCUCACAUCUGGAAGAAAGCUUGCAUGGGCACAGCAAGUUGAAGGAACAACAAAACGAGCUAAAAUAGCCUGUAAUACUCACAUAGUCCCUUCAGUUCAUCGUGUGAUUGUGAUGAGUCAGGUAUACAAACAAACAUUAGCAAAGAGCUCUGUUACCCUAGAAGAUACUCAUGUGAAGAUUCAUCGGUGCUGUGAAUCUUUUAUCUAUUUACUAUCUCCACUGAGGUCUGUAACCAUAGAAAAAUGUAGGAAUAGCACCUUUGUCCUUGGUCCAGUGCAAACUGUAGUACAUCUCCAUAGUUGUGACAAUGUGAAACUUGUUGCUGUUUGCCAUCGCCUAUCUCUGUCAUCUACGACUGGUUGCACUUUGCAUGUUCUCACUCCAACUAGACCUCUUAUAUUAUUGGGUAACCAAUCAAUAACUUUUGCUCCCUUCCAUACCCAUUAUCCAAUGCUUGAGGAUCACAUGGGCAGAACUGGCCUAGCUACUGUACCUAACAAUUGGGAUAAUCCAAUGAUAGUAUGUAAAGAAAACUGUGAUAGGGAGGUAUUCAGACUUCUUCCACCCUCAGAAUUUUACCCCUUUGUUGUUCCAUUUGAAAUGGAGGGAGACACAACAGAAAUACCUGGUGGUCUGCCACCUGCAUAUCAGAAAGCCCUGAGCCAACGGGAACAGAGGAUACGAAUCUGGCAGAAAACAGUGAAGGAAGCAGACCUGACCAAGAAUCAGAGGAAGACAUUCCAGAUGUUAGUGGAGAACAAAUUCUAUGAAUGGCUAAUCCACACAGGCAGCCGUCAACAGCUUGAUAGCUUGGUACUUCCCGCUGCAGGAUCUAAACAGGCAGCAGGAUAGGAGAAUCCUUGAAGCAACCAAAUCAUCAGUUCUGGAUAUGCACUGUGCCAAGUGAAAAGUAUUUCCCUCAUAAUAGACUGGGGCCAACUUGAAGUUUAGAAACAUGAAUUUGCUUAAUGGCAUUAUCAAGAAGGAAAUGGAUGUUACUGCAUAUUUCACGCUGUACGAUACCAUCAGUUGCUCUGGAUCUUUAUAGGAGGAUCUUGCUAUUGUAUACUUGAGAGCAAAAUGUAGAUUCCUAGCACACUUAAAUGUGCAAGAAAAGGUGUUACUUGAUGUAAAGAUAGUGGUAGUGCUCUGACUGCUGGAUUAAUUAUUUUUCUGUUAUUAAUUAAAUAUUGUUUAUAUUAAUGUUUCUAAAUAUUUUUUUAUAUCAGUUGUUUAGCACUUAUGAUGUGAAAUUUAAUUAAAUUGACACAAUGAUA